GCCACUUUGCCUUCAAGUUAGCACAAAUCGACAAUUAGCAAGCUUCUAUCUGUAGAGAAAGUCUCGAAAAAUGACUGUCCUGGAGCGAAGCCGCAGCAGUCAAUGGCGCGAUUCCAGCGACUACUUGCAGAGUCCAUUACCGCCGCCUACUGUUGCGAUGAACAAUAUGCAAUUCGUACCCGAUAACAGUUGGAACAUGGAGCGCAGAGUAGUGAGAAACAACUGGAUGGUGGGUCUAGCCAUCGUGCUGGUUGUUCUUUACAACACUUUUGACGAUUGGGGUGCAUUCACGAUUGCUGUAGUGCCGAAGUCGGGGCACGGAACCGCCCCUUUGUGAUGUGUGGGUUUGUGCUACGGCCGUUUGGAGGUUAUCGUCUAGUGAAUAUUUAACCGUGCAUCCAGGGUGUGGUGCACCUUCGUUUGCCGGCAAUUCGGGGGAUUUGCAAUGAGCGUCCUGGAGUGCUACACCAUCCCAUUUCUGGCUGGGGGUAUGGGGAAACCCAGUGUCUACGUAGGUGCGCUAUACGUGCACACACCAUGCAUAAACCUUGGUUACCCAACCUGAUCCGACUUGGAAUUGAGCUAGUUGCCUGUCGCAGAAAUUUCACACAGCUGAGUUGUGUCCGUCUGUAAGUCAGUAUGAUAACUUGGAGCACGUGGGACAUAACACAAUAGGCACCUGGACGUACACUCCGGACCACCAACGAAUCUGCCUCGCCGUUGUGAAAACUAGAUCCUCUGUAGAUGAUGAAUAGUAGACCAUCUGUAGAUGAUCUCCACGCCAGAUCAUGCCAUGUCCAACUGAGAGGCUUGAUGUUGUGGCGGCGUCAUAAGGAAUACGAAACACACAACCCAUUUUUACAGCUCUAAUGAGGUUGACACGCCUACCCUGCUAUUUCCCAGCUACUAUGAAAUACCACAAGUUUCGCUUAUCACAAGGAAAUGAGAAAGUCGACCUUUAUGUGGGUAAUACCACGUUGCGCACCGCAGCGUGAUCAUCGGUUAAUCAAUAGUGAGAGCAAACUAUUGGUGAGCAACCGGUAUUGUUUAUCGAAGAUUGUAUAGUUUCCAUAUUAUCCUUCAGCUUAAAGCCAUCGGGAUCGAAACAACUGCCU